AUGAGUGACAAUGAUCCACCACCAGUACUUACAAAGCAAACUACAUGUGAUAUCACCUCGACUACGGACAUUUCACUAUCAACUGUGACAACAUGUACUGCUGCUACUACUACUAAUAAUAAUAAUAAUACUACUAUUGCAUCAGCAUCUAACAGCAAUGAUUCUUUUACAAAAGCAGCAACUGUUGUCACACCUUCAUCAUCAUCUUCUUCAGUUUCCGAUUCAAUGCAGGUUACUUCAGCCUCUUCUAACAUAUCUGUGUCAUCAUCGAGUAAGAGCGUAAUAUCGGAUACCAAAAAUGCAGCUAAUGUUAGCGCUGAAGGUAGUGCAGCAGCUGCAACAGCAACAACAAUAUCAGCAAGUAGUAGCAAUGCCGAGACGGCUUCUUCAACAUCAUCAACACCACAACCAGCGCCAAAAAGUCGCCGUAAACCAACAUCUCGUAGUAAAAAGGACUCCACUGAUAAGACAAAAACUUCGACCGCAGUCGUCAGUUCAUCUUCUGCUACUCAAAUGGUUCCGCAAGCACCGUUAAUGCUAACUUCUGCGUCGCCUGGACAGUUCAUGCUUGUUCACCAUAAUGGCCAAUGCUAUAUGAUGUCGGCAACACAAUAUUUCGGUACAAAUCAACAAAUUGCAGCUGUUAGACCGCAGCAACAACAGCAACAGCAGCAACAACAACAGAUUUCUGCACCAACAACAUCAUGCACUACCACCAUUACCACUUCGGCACAGGAUUUUUUCAAAGUAAUACAACAGCAACAAGCACAGUCGGUUCAAAAUUCGACAAAUGUAGUAGCUGCUGCCCAGCAGUUCUAUUCACAGCAACAGUAUCGUCAUAUGCACCCGAUGCCUUCACAGCAGCAAUACGUGCAACCAGGUUUUGUGACUAAUAGCGCAACGUUGGGACAGCUUGCACGAAGUCUGGCACCAAAGCCAGCAUUACCAGGACCAGUUGCCGUAGUAGCGACCAGUACACAUAUGCCAUCAACUGCAAUAACGACAACAACUACUACAACAUCAUCCACUGUUGGACAAGGAAAUGAUGGAUGCCUAAAACGAUCAGGUCAACAGCAACAAUCCCCGCAACAAUUGGGAACCGCAUCAGUGCAGCAAAUGCAACCAUCAAUGUUUCCUCAAGGAAUCCAACUCCGUACACCACCAGGUUCAUCAGGUAUUGUCUUCCAAAUGCCAUCCGGAGCAUAUACAUAUGUUCAUCAGUUGGUUACCCCUCAACAGCGCACUUCUACUGCGAUACCUCAACAACAAACAAUUCCAGCUUGUAUUGGACAAGCGGUGGCACCAAGUCAGUCACAAAACCAACAACAACAGCAACCUUCUCCUGCUAGUUCACCCACUCAAAAACUUGUUGCUUCAGCUACAGUCGAAUCGAAAAAUAAGCAGACAUCAAGCAACGUCGGCAAGGAAUCUGCAGCCGAAGAACAAGAAGACAGUAAUGCUUCGCCAACUGCUGACAGAGAAAGUCAUCCACUGAUUGAGAUGGUUUCAGUUCCGAAUAAGCCAUCAACAACAUCUGUCAAAAGCAGUGAAACUUCAUCAAAGAAUGUUCGAGGUGGUACUAAACACUCGGGAAAUGGACGAAAAACUGGCGCAGUGAAAAUCGCGACACCUCAACCAAUAGCUCCUACAAAUUUGGUACCAGUUGGUGCUCCAGUUCCUAUGAUGGUAAUGUCUGCUCCAAUGCCUCAGCUAAGUUCUUUUGGGGGACAUGCAGCAGUACCAUUCAUGGCACCAAAUGGACAAAUCAUACAUCAACAACUGAUCGCAAAUCCACCCGUACCAACGCAGAUGAUACCGGUAUUUCAACAACAUCAGCAAACUACUCACUUUCCAGUUUCCCAGUCAGCAGCCCAAGUUAGAGGACGAUUUGUAGACUCAGCUUCUCAUGAUUCUCACAAAACAGUUGCGGAUGAUGACAGUGGUUAUGUUGAUCCUGGGAUCGAAAAUGAGCCUCCACCGCUUCUUGUUCAGGGAGAAUCGAAAGAUGCUCUCGAUAUUCAUAUGAUGUUCACGAAAGAAGCCGAAAGAUAUUAUCAAAAAAUGGGACGAAAAGGCAAAAUUGUUCAUUUAAUCGAAGGAUUUGAAAUUGAGGAAUCAGAUGAGCCUUUUCCAUGUGAUCCACCUUGCCGUUUAAGUGAUUGGCUUUUAUCCGAAAUAGAAGAUAAGAAUGGGAGAAAGGUGUCCAAAGAAUGUAAAUGGAGCACAUCAUCAAAGAAAUUAGUCGGUGAGAAAGACACAGAACCAACAUUAGAAAUAAGCACUGAAAAAGUGGAGGUUAAAAAAGGACGCGCAAAAACAUCUCCAACAAAAUCUGAAGCGUCUAGUGAAAAAACAGAAAAGAAAACUCGUAAACGUAAAACAAACGAGCUGGAUCGAUUACUACAAAUGGAUUUUGGACCAUCUCAUGGUCGUCUUUCUGAUAUUAUGCAAAAAUCAGUUUAUAAGCCAACCAAAGAAAGCAAAGAAACUCUGCCGCCCCCUCCACUACCACCGCCAACAAAGAGUUGUUUGACAAAGCCAAAAGGACGACCACCAUCUUCAUCGGUGGAUAAGCAAAAACUGGAAAAAAUUGAAGUGAGUGAACCGGUAAUGGAAAGAUUCAUAAUUGAGGAUGCUGUGGAUAUCUCACCAAAAGUUGUAACUAAAAAGUGUGAAGAAAGUCCAGCAACUGCAGAUCAGUCGUUGAAUUCUUCAUCAAAAAGUAGUGCUGAUACAGCUACUGGCAGUUUGUUAGUGAGUUUUUCGGAUGAAGAGCUUGACACUGAAAGAUGUAACUACUGCAACGGUUUGCUGCGUCUUAAACGUCUGGAAAAUCAUCCGCAGUAUUGCUCGAAAAAAUGUCGUAAAUUAUGGAAGAAGAAUCCAACAAUUAGUGAAGAGCAAGUUGGGCGCUCAUUCAAUGCAUCACCACGACUACCAUUUAUUCGUUCAACGGAUACAUCACCCAUUAAUAAAGAUAUCAGUCCUACAGUAACAGUGCAUAAUCUUAGUAUAGUUUCAGAGCCAUCCUCUUCAGGUAGUACCAUUGAUUUGCAGCAGCGAACACCUCCAACAUUAACGCUAAAAAUGGUCUCACCUCAACAGGCAGAAAUUGUAAAAUCUCCUCGGGGGUUGUCCACUUCGUACUCGUUAGGUGAGUGCAGUAAAGUGCCGUCGACGUCGGUUUCUCCAGCUAUUGCUUUAGCUUCAACGGUUGAUCAUGCACCGAUGGAUUUCCUUUCUAGGCCAACAAAAACAUGGACUUGUGAUGAAGUGGCAAGCUGGGUAUCGUCAGUAACCGGUAAUGAGGAUUGUGCGAAUACUUUUCGUAAUCAGGAUAUAGACGGCCAGUCUCUGUUGUUACUGCCAGAUAAUGCUCAUAAUAAUUUGGUAACGCUACUGGGAUUGAAACUUGGCCCAGUAGUGAAAAUUUUGAAUGCACUCAAAGAAUUAUCAAGCAAAAGUAUCAAUGCCACAUAA